UUCAGAUAUUGAAACUGUGCCAUGGCCACAAAACAAAUUCUCCAUAUGAAUCCAGGACAGGGCGAAACAAGCUACGCUCGUAACUCCACAAUUCAGAAAAUAGCGCAAGAUAGGAUGAAACCUCUCAUAGAGGAUGCCAUCAAAGCCUUUUGUGGGGCAGCUCUCCCUAAGAGCAUGGUAAUCGCAGACUUGGGUUGCUCCUCCGGCCCCAACGCACUCACUCUCGUUUCAACUAUGGUCAACGCCAUCCACCGUUAUUGCAUGGAACACAAGCAGCCACAACCAGAAAUGUGCAUUUUCUUGAACGAUCUUCCAUGCAAUGACUUCAACACCGUUGCAAAAAGUUUGGGAGAAUUCAAGCAUGGCCAGGACAGUUCCUCCCAUCACAUCAUUGUCACCAGCAUGGUACCUGGGUCAUUUUAUGAUAGGCUUUUCACAUCGACCUCAGUGCAUUUCUUCUGCUCCUCCAUCAGCCUGCAUUGGUUAUCAGAGGCACCUGAAGAGCUUGUGAAGAGUAAAAUCCCAAUGUACGAUAGUGACGAUAAAUUGAGGCUAUUGAACCGUGAAAUUGUUGCCAAUGCUUAUGCUCGACAGUUCAGAAAGGAUUUCACGCUGUUCUUGUCCUUGAGGGCUCAAGAACUAGUUCUUGGAGGUCAGCUGAUUUUCUCAUUGGUUGGCAGAUGCUCAAGCAACCAUGCGUCCAAGUCAACUCAAGUAUGGAAGCUGCUAGCCAUAGCCUUGAACGACAUGGCAUCGAGAGUAAGUUAAUGUUUUUUUAUGAAAAACUUUCGUAUAUCACUAGAGUGUAAUUGGUGUUUAAUAUUAUAUUGUAACUACACUAUAAUUACAAUGUAACUUAUGUAUAUACCGUAUGUAACUGGAGCAAACAAGUGCAUGGCUGGUUGGCUACCACAUUAAGCAUCUACAUACGAGGUCUGGAGUUUGACGCCCCCUGCAAACUUGCAAGAUUCUUUUCCCUUCACCACACGAAUCUCGAUGCGAUCCGACGGUUAAAAGUUUGAAUGUUUUGGGACAGAAAAUUAAACUGGCAAAUUUUUUUGCCAUGGAUCCUAUCCAAGUUCUAUACACGAAAAAAAUGGUUAAUAUUCGUGCAAUAUCACAAUUUCUAUCUUUAAGUUUAGCUCAUGGCAUUCUAUUGUAAAAAGGAACUUCAUGAAUUAAUUAUUGGAAUCAAGGUUUCUUUCCAGGUUUGCUGAGAAUACUUUAACUUAUUUAUAGGGUAUGAUAAGCAAAGAAAAGUUUGACACAUUCCACAUACCUAUCUAUGCACCUUUGGACAAGGAAUUAGAUUCGAUCAUUGAAGAUGAGGGUUCAUUUCGAAUCAACAAGACGAUGGUCUAUGAUGCUUUCCUUGCCACGGAUGGAAUGUUGCCUAGUCCAAACAUAAUGGCUUCAAUGACAAGAGCAGUGUUCGAGCCUGUAAUAGUGCAGCAUUUUGGAUUUUCAGGUGAAACUAUGGCUGAUUUCUCUAGUGCAGUGGAGCGUCUCUCGAGUUCUAGUUUUUUGGAAGCUGAAUUCCCAUUAGUCUGCUUGUGUUUGUCGCUCACUAGAGCACGUUGAUGGCCAUCCUUGCAUUUGUAUUGAGUUUAUCAUAACACAUUUGCAUCGAUAUAUUCUAUAGUAUGCCUUUGUAUCAACUAGGGAAUCACAUCAUAAUUUUUAGUUGCAGGCAUAUAGUUAAGCCGACUAUAGUAUGACACCAAUGAUGUAUCACUAAUAUUUUAUAUGCUUGGAGUGCUUA